UUCAUUUUGGAGCAGUUUGACGAGCUUCCGGAGAUCUGCUCCGCAGGAAAAGACGGCGCCGCCCCCUCUCCGUUAACGUCCCAUCGAGCGCCGCCGCUCUGGUUCCUCGCCGUCGCGCACCGCCCUCCUAUCCACCUCCACCAUACGCUGCCGGCCCCGUUACCCCUGCUCACAACCGUAUCCAGAGGACUCCUUCGCGGGCGCCGCGGUCUGUCCUCCGGAAGCGGAUCGAAGGCGGCGAACGAGCGGGGAAGCGGCGGCCGGAGGAGAUGCUCAAGUUCCUGUCGAGGGUGGUGGUGGAGUACAACCCUUUGGACCCGCGCAAGGCGGCGGCCGUGGAGCUCCUCGCGCAGUGCAACGGCCGCAAGGCCAAGGACUCCAACCCCACCUGCUCCGUCGAGCUGCGGCGCCUGCCCUCCCCGGCCGCGGCCGACGACCCCAAGGCCCAGCCGCCCCCGCGCGUCCUCGUCACCUACCUCAACGGCGCCGAGGAGGCCUUCGUCGCCGCCGACGGCGCCACGGCGCAGGGCAUGCGCGAGCAGAUCCUCGCCCGCGGCCGCCUCCUCGAGACCGAGCAGCUCUUCCGCGAGGCCGGGGAGAAGUGGCCCGUCGUCAUCCCCGAGGAGGAGCUCGGCAUGUCGUUCCCUGGGAUCAAGCCAAAGAAAGCCGAGGAGAAGCCCCAGGCUGCCUGAUCCAGGCAACUAGCAACUACUAGCAGAACAUCUAUUAUCCCAUAAAAUGUACUACCUCUAACUAAAUAUAAGACGUUUUUGCCAAGAGGUAGUACUGAAUACCAUCAUGUUACCAAAGAAAACUCGCCGCAUUUGGGAACUUGUCUUCAUCGACUAGUUCUACAUUCAGUCCGAUGGCUAUUGGUUUCACUGAAAUAUCUGGACCAGAAGGAUGGAAGAUUCACAUGGAACAAGUUGGCUAGUUGCCAUGAUUAGACA